GAGUAAAAAGAGAGCCGUACCCUUUCAAGCCAAACCUCGUCAAAAACCAGCCUUUCGUAGCCAACCCCACCCCCAUUUAACAUAUGUAUAUACACGCACGCAAAGAAUACAUUAUACACAUUAAUUUAGCCAAGAAAUAAAUUAAAGAAAGCCAAUCAUCAGCUUCGCUCUCAUUCAUUUUCUCUUUGGUUUCUGAGAAAGCUUUCUUCUUGCUGCUGCGCGACAAUUGUGUGUUGGGUUUUUGAUUUCUUUCCUGUCUCUGAUCAGAAAUCGAGGUGCCUGAUAGUUCAUGGCAGUUUCACCUCAUGCUUUCCCCCCAAGAAAGAGACGCCCAUCGGCCGGAGCUUUCGUGACCCCCGAUGUCUCCGACAGAAGGCUGCUCCAAGCUUUGCUCGCCCUCUCACAAGAAGUAUCGUCUCUACGACCUCUACGAUGUCUUCUCCGCCGGAAUUCGGCUUCCAUCAUCCGCAAAACCAAGCUGCUCUCGGUCUUGUUUGAAGAGCUGCUUCGUAAUCAAAUCCAUUUCUUUUCGCCGUCGGCUCUAUUGUGCUUCGAGGAAUUGUAUAUAGUCUUGCAGCGAAUCAAGACUCUGAUUGAAGAUUGUUCCAACGUAAGCAAGAUGUGGCUUCUCAUGCAAAGCCAAUCUUUUGCCAAUGCUUUUCACGAGCUCACCGUUGAUCUGUCGACACUCUUAGAUAUUUUGCCUGCGAAAGAUUUGAGUUUGAGCGAAGAUGUUGAAGAAUUGGUUGUUCUGAUCAGAAAGCACUGCUCGGACACGAAAGCAGAUGUCGAUCCGUCUGACAAUAAUCUCAGAGUCCAAGUAUUGAAAAUGCUCGAUAGGAUCAAGAGAGAGAUUGUUCCAGAUCAUUCGGAUCUCGCCCAGAUCUUCGAUCAAUUACAGCUACGCGAUUCGACGAGCUGCAGAGACGAAAUCGAGAGUCUCGAAGACGAAGUUCAGAAUCAGAAGGACGAGAAAUCCAAGUCUGAUGUGAUCGCCCUAAUCGGCCUCGUCCGUUACGCAAAAUGCGUGUUGUACGGGGCAUCGACACCGAGAACCAGCGGAAGGCGGCGGAGAUCGGUGGUGGAUGUGAAUAUUCCGGCGGAAUUCCGGUGCCCGAUCUCUCUCGAUCUGAUGCGGGACCCGGUGGUGGUCUCGACCGGUCAGACGUACGACCGCGCGUCCAUCUCGCCUUGGAUCGAAUCGGGAAAGAACACGUGUCCAAUGACAGGUCAGACGCUGAGCCACACGGAUUUGAUUCCCAACCGGGCUUUGAAGAAUUUGAUUGCCAUGUGGUGCCGCGAGCAGAGAAUCCCAUUCGAAGCGAAGGAACUAAACGACAAAGUCAACGGCGUCAUUCAAAACAAGACGGCGUUAGAGGCGACGAGGAUGACGGUGACGUUCCUGCUAAACAAAUUAAUGGCGUCGGAGUCAGCGGAGGCGGCGAGCCGCGUGGUUCACGAGCUCCGUGCGCUUGCCAAAUCUGACUCCGACAGCCGAGCCUGCAUCGCCGAAGCAGGAGGAUUGCCUUGCCUCGUCAAGUACCUUAUAAGUUCGGAAUAUCCAAACCUGCAACUUAACGCCGUCACAACGAUCCUCAACCUCUCCAUCCUCGAAGCGAACAAGAUAAAGAUAAUGGAGACGGAGGGAGUUUUGAACGGCGUUAUUGAGGUGCUGAGGUCCGGCGCCACGUGGGAGGCCAAAGGCAACGCCGCGGCGACGAUAUUCAGCUUGACAGGGGUACACGCUCACAGGAAAAUCCUGGGGAGGAAGACACGUGUCGUGAAGGGGUUGGUGGACUUGGCGAGAAACGGUCCCGCAAGUUCACAGAGAGACGCUUUGGUGGCGAUCCUGAGUUUGGCGGGAGACAGAGAGGCGGUCGGGAAAUUAGUUGAAGGCGGGGUGGUGGAGCUGACCAGUGAGCUCAUGGACGCGUUGCCGGAAGAAUCGGCCACCAUUCUGGACGUGGUGGUUAAGAGAGGGGGGUUGGUGGCGAUAGCCGCCGCCUAUCACGUAAUCAAGAAGCUGGCGGCGGUUUUGAGGGACGGGACGGACCGGGCACGGGAGAGCGCCGCCGCCACGCUUGUGAACAUAUGCCGGAAAGGGGGAUCGGAGGCUGUGGCGGAGCUAGCGGGGGUGGCGGGGAUCGAGCGUGUGAUAUGGGAAAUGCUGGGGAUGGGGACGGGGAGAGCAAGAAGAAAGGCGGCAUCGCUGUUGAGGAUCCUGAGGAGAUGGGCGGCAGGUCUGGAUGGCGAUGUAACAGCAGCAGGGUUUUCCACAACAAAUGUCAGGAGUUCUACGAGGAUGGCAUUGCCUGUGUAAAACAUAUAACUAUUAAUUUGCCUCUAGAACGUGGUCUUUUUCUUUCUUUCUUUAAUUUUUGUUAACUUGUAAAGAUUUCAAAUUCUUGAUGCGAUCGAUAGCUUUGUUCUUUGAUUAUUAUUGGUAAUUACGUACUUUCAUAAAUGUGUAUCUUCUCUCCAAUAGAUGCAUUAUUAUUAUUAUUAUUA